CUAUAAACCAGAUGGAAAGUAUUCUAAGUUACUUUAACACAGUUAAUUAAGGACAGUUAAUUAUUUCGUUGAACGCAAGAACAGAAUUAUGUAAUUCUACUAUGAAGAAUUUGUUAAACCUUCGCACCAUCCGGUAAUUUUUCUGAAAAUAAAUGGAUAAAAAGUGUAAUAACAGAGCGUUUUUGAAGUUUAAAAGUGUAUAUUUUUAGAAGUAAACAUUGCAUAGUACAUACAAAUUGAAAAUAUCUCAACAUAAUUAUAAAAAGUAAUAUUUUAAUUAAACUUUUUUUUAUUAAAGUGGACACGUUUUUUAAAUAAAUAAAGCGUUAAAAAUUUAUUAAAAAUCGGUUUAAACUCUUGUGAAAAUAAUCAAAAUAAAGUUUGAAAAUGGCGACCCUUAAGUUUUAUCAAUAGCUUUCAAGUUUGUGGUCAAACGGAAAGCUCUUGUGAAAUAUGGGCAUAUCAAAUGUAUAAAAGUCGAGCAGGGGAAGAACCAUGUUCAGUAACUACUAGGUUUCCAAGAUGAUGACGCCCAACAGUGCAUACCCCGACCUGGAAAAGCGACUGGAGACUUACAUGCGAAGAAUUUUCUGCAUCAAGGGAAUCGACACAAAGAAUGAGUAUGAUCCCAAUGAAGUGGAGUACUUCGGUGUCCUCAGCCUAGCCGAUGCCAGAGCCCCACGUCGAAAGCUAUGGUACAUGUACUACGCGACGGCGGAUCAAGUGGACAAAACUGUGGAUCGGAUCCAUCGUAAAUAUGGACAGAAGAACAUGUACGAGCUGUUCAGAAAACCGGUGUAUACUGGCGCCGGCAUGCGAUCCCGGGUUAAGAAUCACUUUGGAGGACUGAAGUGGUACGUGAAGGGAAAUAUUUUGGAAGCCCCUCCCGACAGCUCCUACAACGAUGAGAAGGUGGUGAACACUAUCGCAGAUCUGUAUCAGGCUGAAAGGAGAAAAUACUACGAUUACCUAAUAGAUAGGAACAAUGUCUAUAAGACAUGGACCUACGUGCAUCUUAAUGCGUAGCAUAUGCCUUUCUUCAUUAUUCUAUAAGAUAUAUUAAUGUAAAGCUAUAAAUACAAGACUGCGAGUUAAUGUUAAACAGUG